GACUUGAUUAAUCUUGAACCGUUCAUUUUCUCGGCCCUCAUCGCCACACGUCCAUCGCCUCUCCCACAAACACACGCUCUGAUUUGCUCAGUCCUCUCUUCACAUCUGCCAACAGACAAUCGGCUAACAUUUGUUCCUGUCAAGAUGAGAUUUGCUAAGGUCAACAGAUUCAUCGGGAAAUUCGCUCGCCCUGGUGCUGUUAAUGAACAUUCGCUCGCGGCAUCGGAUGUGAAGAGUAACUGGAGAACUUUGCUCACUGUUAAGGAUUUCAUUGUCAAAAUUUUGACUGUUCAAUCGCUUCUCCCAAAGCAUGCCCAAGGUGCUGGUUCUAAUGGCAAGUUUUUCAGCACGCUUGCACUUUUUGGUGCAGGAGCUUCUGGGCUGUUGAGUUGUGCUACCUUUGCUUAUGCUGAUGAGGCGGAGCACGGGCUUGACUCCCCUAGCUAUCCAUGGCCUCACAAAGGCAUCCUCAGUUCAUAUGACCAUGCUUCUAUUCGCCGGGGUCACCAGGUGUAUCAGCAAGUUUGCGCAUCAUGCCACUCCAUGUCGCUUAUUUCUUAUCGUGACCUUGUGGGUGUGGCUUACACCGAGGAAGAAACUAAAGCCAUGGCAGCCGAGAUUGAAGUUGUCGACGGUCCGAAUGAUGAGGGCGAGAUGUUUACUCGGCCUGGGAAGCUGAGUGAUCGUUUUCCUCAGCCUUAUGCGAACGAGCAAGCUGCGAGAUUCGCUAAUGGUGGAGCCUAUCCCCCCGAUUUAAGUCUUAUCACCAAGGCUCGCCAUAAUGGUCAGAACUAUGUGUUUGCUCUUUUAACUGGCUACCGUGAUCCUCCUGCUGGUGUAACGAUUCGGGAAGGGCUGCACUACAAUCCGUACUUCCCUGGUGGAGCUAUUGCCAUGCCUAAAAUGCUCAAUGAUGGUGCUGUUGAGUAUGAAGAUGGGACCCCAGCAACUGAAGCACAGAUGGGAAAAGAUGUCGUGACCUUUUUGUCAUGGGCAGCUGAACCGGAAAUGGAGGAACGAAAGCUGCUCUUUCACAGAGCUUUGUGCUGUUACAUGAUUCCAUUGGAUAAAGUAGAACUGAGGAAAAAAUGGAUGCUCAACAGAAAAGCAACAGAUUCCUUGUGCUCAACAAACUUCAAACUCCUGUACUCUGUGCAUGCUAAACUAUUUUGUCGAACUUUGUAUGCAAAAUUUAUCCUCAAGCAAAAUCUUCAUCUUCAUCUGCGAGAGGCUGAUUCAUCGCAUUUC